UUACCUGAUGCCAAAGUCUUAAGACUCUCAAGGAGGCAUGACUUUGUGAGCUGGAAUAACACUGAGUGGAUGUGAGUGUCUGAGGAACUGAGGAACUCUGAGCUUUGACUAAGUGCAGUCUUUGGGUAUCAGGUCCUCACAUUCUGCUUUCAGAGUGUGAGACUCUGUAUGGACAAGAAUCAGAUUGAAGUCUGCUGUGCUGAGAUUUGAAAAACAGAAGUCAGUAUCCUUCAGUCUCCAGUUCUACACUUCCACAGAAGAGAUACAUGGAUGCUAUUGUGAAGAAAUCCCUCGGCGCUCCAGUCCGGCAGCUGUCCAGCUGUGUAUCAGGAGUGAAGGAAGGGAUGAGCAGGAAAGGAAAGAGUACUCGGAGAAAGAGCGCUCCCUGCUGCUACUCCACCGCACACGACUCCUCCUGGGUCAGAACCUACCAGGCGGAACUGCACAGAGAAAGGAAAGUGAGGCAGGUGAUGUUAUCUCAGAAGAAUGCAGAGAGAACAGCGAUGAGGAGUCACUACAGGAGUCCACACCGUUAUACAAAGACGUCUCAGAACAGAAAGCCAAUUAACACCAAAACUCCCUCAAAGAACGACGACUCCCUUUUUGGUGCCUUUCAAGGGCUGAGUCUGAACAUGGGCGGCACCCAGGCCUCUGCGGGUGCUUCACCGAGCGCAGAGCAGUGUAAAAUGAUGUGAUUCAUAUUCUUCACAUCAGAGUUUUGCACCUGAGCAGCUUCUGUUCCACUUUUAAAGAUAAGGUUUACUGGCUUGGAUGUUUGGUGCUACAAAACGAACUUGA